AUGGUCGUGAAACUGAGUCCCGACGAACCCGUGGACCCGAAGCCGAGUGCGCAGCUAUUUGUGGUGACGCGGAAAAAUCUGAGGACCGGCAGAGUGCGUCUUGAGAUUUCCGACUUGGAACGACUGGUGGGUAUUCUGAAGGAACGUGUGCCAAACUUGAAGUAUCUCAGUUUGCUGGGAAACUCAGCUUGCACGCACCAGAUGAACCAUCCCGAGUUCGACGAAUCGGAUUAUCAGAGAUACAGGUACUUCAUCUUGCAUCACUUGCCGAAACUCAAGUUCCUUGAUUCGCGAGCUGUGAUUAACGACGAACGAGAGCAAGCAAGCAAAAUCGGUCACCUGACCCGUGUGGUGAAGCCUGUGAUGAAACCCGUGGCUGCUUCUUCUUCCGGAAACUCGUACACGCCUUUACCUGAGCACUCCCUUCCGACGGGAUCCCACGCAGGUCAGCCCGCCGUUGAAGCUUGCGGCUUCCUCUGGUUGCGACGUUUCUUUCCUUGCCUGCUGAUUUGAUCUCACUCGAUGAUUGAGCCUUCGGAACAUACAUCUAUAAGUACACUGGCCGCCAAUCUGAAGGAAACCGAUUCAUCCUGAACAAAGAUCUAUGAGGACUUCGUCCACUUCUUAUUGGAUUGUGCUUUCACCGCUGCUCCCAUUUGUAUUGUGAAAAUAUCCCCCUGUGUUACCACGACGCUUGAAGACCACCCGGAAAAGUUUAAAGAAAAGCUUUUUUUGCCACGCAGAAUUUCGCAAAUUUGUUCUUUUCAUUUCAUUCAAAGUCCAAGAGACGAGGCUCUGCAUCGCUGCAGAAUUCAACAUCACCAU